GCACGCAAAGAAUUGUGGGAUUCUGUCAAACGAGCACAACAACAUUUAAGAGAUUCUUCUAUAGUCUUCCUUGCCUUUAAGUUGCAUGCUUCUAAAUCUACAAAAACCUCAACAAGCUUGCGAACAAUCUUGCUAACCGUGUGACUAGCUGCUUAUCCCCGACUAAACGGAAAUUUCACCAUGCAUUUCUUGUCUCCGCUGCUUUUUCUCUUCACUGCGUUUUUUGGCUGUACAUCCAGCGUGUCCGACUCUGUUCGAUUCCUCGCUGUUGGUGACUGGGGUGGGCUUGAGUUUCUUCCCUACAAAACACCGGUGGAAAGUUCUGUAGCUAACCGCAUGGGCAAAGUAGCAGACACUAUACACGCGCAAUUUGUCGUUGCUCUAGGUGAUAACUUCUACUUCCAUGGGGUAAAAGAUGUUGAUGAUAAGCGAUUCCAAGAGACAUAUGAAGAUGUUUUCACUGCCAAGUCCCUAAUGGUACCUUGGUAUGUUUGUGCGGGAAAUCAUGACCACUAUGGUAACGCAUCUGCAGAGAUUGCUUAUUCUCAAAGGUCUAAGCGAUGGAAUUUCCCAGAUUUCUACUACACCAGAUCUUGGAAUAUUCCAGGAACUAGCCAGGAAGUUCAACUGGUUUUACUGGACACUGUGCUUCUUUGUGGUAACACAGAGGCUGACCAUGUGCUUGACAGUCAACCAAAAGGACCACAGUCACCGUCAGCAGCAGAAGCCCAGUGGCAGUGGCUAGAAAAGACCCUGAAGGAGUCCCAGGCACAUUACUUGCUGGUUGGAGGACAUUUUCCUGUAUGGUCUAUUGCAGAACAUGGUCCUACAAGAUGUCUGGUCGAUAGGCUUAAACCUUUGCUGGAGAAAUACCGUGUGAAUGCUUAUCUUAGUGGACAUGACCACAACUUGCAGCAUCUUAAAGAGGCCAAUUCUACAGUGGAGUAUUUUGUGAUUGGUGCCGGUGCCUACGUUGAAGAUAACACCCAACACAAACCCUCCGUCCCAAAGGGGAGUUCCCUGUUCUACUGGGCUAACCCGUGGCACUAUGGAGGAUUUGCUACAGUCCAGGCCUCAACUUCAUCAAUGAACAUCACUUUUGUGGAUGCUGAGGGUUCCAGUUUGUACUCUAGAAGCCUUCAUCCACGAAAUUGAACUUGGUAUAUGCUUACUAUUCAGUGAAGUCUGUAUUGUGGGGCUGGAGACAUUGUAUUUAUAUGAAAUUUCGUACAGUAUUUUGGAGUGCUAGAAAAAAAAAAUUAUAUACAUGUUAUGUAAGCAGACUUAUUUCCAAGUAGUAAAUUUGGGUCAUUUCACAUACAGUAGUAACAAUAGCGUUUGGAACAAUAGCUUCUCUAAAAAGACUGUUCAAGUCUAAAACUAAUCUGUGUAUAUGUCAAUACUGUACUUUUCAUUAAAAAGAGUCUGUUUGCAAGAAAACAAAAAAAAGACAAUUCAAGUCAGAGGGCAACAAUAUUCAAUGGUAAAUCUUUAACAUUAGUAUAUAAAACUCAGGAACCUCGCAAGAACAAGCAAUUUGAUUGGUUGAGAUUUAACAAUACCAUUCCCAUUUGGCGGAUAGUGGCUAUUAAAAUAUCUACUUCUAGCCUUCGGCUCUCGGUAGAUAUUUCGCCAAUAUCCACCUCAAUGGAAAUGGUAUAAAUUGUUGAAUUUCAAAUGGUAAAUCUUAACAAUAUUCAAUGGUAAAUCUUUAACUGAUGAAAAACAAUGCUACAAUGACACAUGGAGUAAUCUACUUCCAUGAAGCAGGCAGGGGUUCUAGAUAAAGUGAUAUAAAAAAUAUAUAUGUGAACAAAAUAUAUAUGUUGUGGCUGGAAGGUAAAACAAUAAAUUCAUAAAUUAGUCCAAUAACAAAUUUUGUAAUCCUGUUUAAAAAGAUAUUUAAAUGUU